AUGCACCCAUUUUGUGUCGCUUUGGGUUCUUUGGUGGAGGAUUCUGUACAAUAUGUCGAUUUGGUCAAACUUACAACGCUCGCCUCCACCAAAUCAUCUUACAUUGUUAUAGGGAGGGAAGCAAUCUAUUUUCUGACCAAGGAAUUGGAGUUGACUUUUGAUAAAAUCAGUUUCGAUGAUUUGCAGAGUCUGCAUCUCAAAGAUUUUGACACACUGGUUAUUAAAUUCGGCACUAAAAUAACAACAUGGACAAUCGUAGUUAACGAUAGAAAAUCGUUACUAAAUUCGCUUUUAGCAGCAUAUAAAACUAGGUCAUUACUCUAUUUCAAAAAUACAAAUCUACCUGUGUUUGAGGUAAAAGAAGAUGCCAAAGAGGAUGAAUAUUCGAAGCAUGAAGAUUCAAAAUACGCUCUACUUUUUCCUAAUACCAAAAAAAUUACAUUUUGUGGUUACUAUUUUUACGUGCCGGAUAAUUUCCAAGACGUGACAUUUAUGCAUGGUAAAAUCUUAAACAUGAAAUCGGAAUUCGGUAGUAUGAAAUUACAGAUAAUGAACCCUAAACCAAUCGGCAAAUAUUCUAUUUACGAUCUAUCGAAUUUGGAAUUAUACAUAAUAUCUGCUCUAGAGGGAUUUAGGGCUAGAUAUAUCAAUGUCACGGUUUUAGAUCGUGGUAUUUUUGACAAAAAGAUGAAUUUGAACGACGAUACUUCCUGCUGGACUGGAUACUACAUUUAUGCCAGAACUCAUACAUCCCUCUGGGCCUAUUAUCAUUUGAGACGAUUGUACAUCCCACCGCUGCUGGAUUCUUACCAAGAUAUAAUUUUUGAGUUCACUUCAGAAAGCAUUAUUAAAAAUGCCAAUUCGUUUUUUAAUCGUACCACCUAUCCUCCAGAUUCAAUCGCCUCCAACAAACGGCAUGUCUUUUUUACCGACGUAAUCCAAGCCAACAUGGACUUGUUACUCUACGAUUAUAGCUUUUACAGCAGAAUCUCUAGAUUACUAUCCUUGAAGGUUACAUAUCACUCUCUUAUAAAUGAUUUCUCCUCUUCUCUAAUUGAUUUACUAAUAAAAGGCGGAUCUGCAUUUGACGUUGAGAUUACUACUUGCAAAAGUAACAUGGUUAGAGAAUGUUCAGAAUUCGUUAACAUCAUAAAAUUGAGUGUCCCUGGGCUAUCUAACCAAAAUGUUGAUGGCAAAGAUGCCACAAUGAGGAGGUUAAGGAUCUUUAACAAGUCAUUGGCAUCACAUUUGGCGCAUACAAUUGAUAAGGGUGAUAAGUUUGGCGUCGGAGUUAUUGGCAAGAUUAUCGCUAGCAAUACAAACCUGAAUCAGAAGUCAAUUGAGGGAAUCCUUCACUAUUUUUGCCAUGCAAUUGAUAGGAAUCUCUCAAGCGAUUACUCACAGAGUACCCUUAACAAAAUUUUUGAAAUAUGUACUCUAUCCGAUCUUUGGCAUGUAAAGUGCCAACUACAAGCGGAGAUGCUAUCAUUAACAAUAAAUUCUUAUCCUUUCUACUGUUUGUUAGAUUCAGGAUAUAUUUUUUCAAAGAUGCCAUCUACUGAAGCCUUCGUGGAGCUAUUGUCAGCAUUUAUGCUCGUAUGCGAUCUUGAUAUGAAAUUGAUAAUUGUUUCAAGAUUCCUACAAACCUAUAAUUCAUUCGAUAACUCGUUAUUGCCAAUUGUAUCUUCCAUAACUAAAUUGCUUGGUAAAGAUAUAUCUAGGAAAUUGACUUUACAUCUACUAAUAUUAGCAACUAAUUCCACAUGUACAAACGAUGAGUUUAAGGAGGAGUUUAUAAGGCAUGGGAUUGCAGAAAUUUUACCCAGAAUUUUAAUCAAUCAUGACUCUAUGGUCGUGGAAGCAGCGCUUAAAUUGAUGAUAAACCUCACAAAAAAUCCCGAUCAUAUCAAGGCUUUCAUCAGUACAGGAGCCUGUAAAGUUGUAUCCGAUCUAUUUUCCAGCCAAGAAAAUGUGUGUAAUUUGUCGGAUGCCUCCGCUAUUAUUGGACAAGUUUGCAAUUACAAUUUUGCUAAGAACCAUUUAUUCGCGGAUUGCGCCGAAAAGAUUUCUAAUUUGAUGCUUGGCGGUAACACUAGCCCCCAAGUAGUCUUUGCAUUAUAUCAAUUGGCCAGUUGCAACUUUUACAACAAGUACAUUAUUGGUGAAAAGGUAUUCCCCAUAGUCGCCAAAUUACUGCAAUGUGAUGAUCCGCUUCUAUUUGGAAAUUCAUUGAGAUUGGUAAUUGAACUUGCCCAUUGUCCCCAAUUUUCAAUGAGAGAAGAGAUUGGAUUGAUGAUGGAGGCUGUUAGUAGGUUUUCUAUGGACAAAAGAUUUGCUGAACUUAUCGAUAGAUUUAAAUACGUGAUAUCAGCCUCGACCAGUAGUAGAUAA